AUGGAAUCCCAAAAGGGUCCUGGUGUCAGGGAACUCUCACACUACAACUCUUCUCCUGAGAUGGGCAUGGUGGAAAAUGCCCCGGGUGGCAUGAAGAGGGAGCUGUCCAGGAGGCAUAUCAACAUGAUCGGUCUCGCAGGGAUGAUCGGAACGGGUCUAUUUCUUGCUGCUGGUAGCGCACUGGCCGUUGCUGGCCCAGCUGGUGCACUUAUUGGAUACAUCUUCAUGAGUCUUUUGACUGCGUCUGUGGCUCUCAGCGUUGGAGAACUCUCCGCGUUUAUGCCCGUGACUGGAGGGUUCUUCAGACAUGCUGCCAAGUUCAUUCAUCCAGCUAUAGGCGCCGCUACAGGCUGGAAUUAUUGGUACAUGAUGGCAGUCACAGGUCCUGCUGAACUUAGUGCCGCCGCCACACUUAUUGACUUUUGGGAUUCGAGUAUUAAUCCUGGAGUCUGGUACACGGUAUUUAUUGUCUUGAUCAUCAUCAUGACUUAUUGCGGAGUGCGCGUAUAUGGUGAAUCCGAGGUUUUCUUCUCGAUCAUCAAGGUACUCCUUGUCGUAGGACUUAUCCUUGCGGGUAUCAUUGUCGACUGUGGCGGCUCGCCCAAUGGCGAAUACAUCGGCUUUCGAUACUGGCGAGACCCUGGCCCGUUCAACGCAUACCUCGCUGAUGGCAAUACGGGCAAAUUCUUGGGGUUUUGGAGCACUCUCAUCUCCGCCGCUUAUGCAUUCUGCAAUAUUCAAGUCACGGCUUUGGUAGGAGCCGAGACAAGGAACCCCAGGAAGCUAAUUCCGGACGCAAUGAAGAUGACAUUUUGGCGGAUUAUACUUUUCUAUGUUAUAAGUAUCUUCGUCGUUGGCCUCUUGGUCCCCUACAAUGACUCCCAACUAGGCAACUCGAGUGGAACAGCACAAGCAAGCCCGUUCGUUAUUGCAUUUGAGAAAGCCGGGAUUACCGUUCUACCGUCCAUCAUCAACGCCGCGAUCCUGACCUCUGCUUUCAGCUGCGGCAUGGCUGUGGUAUUUCUGGCCUCUCGAGUCUUAUACGGCCUCGCUGAGGAGAAGCAGGCCCCUUCGGUGUUUCUGAAGUUGAACCGGUUUGGAGCACCAUACGUGGCCGUGACCGUUUCCAACGCCUUUUUGUUCUUGGUUUACCUUAGCUUGGGCAGCAAUUCAUCCGUUGCCUUUGGAUGGUUUGUCAAUAUUGCUACCAUCGCAGCUCUAAUUUGCUGGAUCGUCAUUGAAGCCACUCAGCUCCGGUUUUUCUACGGUUUGAAGGUCCAAGGAAUCAGCCGAGACCGUCUCCCGUACAAAAGCCCCUUUCAGCCGUACAUGGCGUGGGCAACUCUUGUUUCGUUGGUGAUAAUAACCCUGACUUCAGGCUACAGCGUCUUUCUACACGGUCACUGGAAUACGUCGUCUUUCCUCGCAUCUUACAUUGGUCUGCCCAUUUUCUUCGCCAUGUGGGGAAUCGCUUGGUAUUUUCUUCGCUCUGGAAUCAUACCUCUUCGGGAACUUGACUUUUCUGAACUCGAUCAAAUCGAGAUGGAGAAAGAGCUUGCGCCUGAGGAAAAGAAGCUGCGGUGGUACAGGGUUCUAGGAUAG